UCUUAGCGGUUGCCUUUUUCUUUACUGGGGUAGAGCCGCCCCUGGUGGCUUGUACCUUGGAAGACUAUAUGUAUGUUAGCGUGCUGUUUUGUAAAAUUAUUGACUCUCCUUUCAUUAAUCCACAAUUUUAAUCCUUCAAAACAUUGAAAAAAAUCUUAAGAAGAAAUUGAAGGAUGGGACACAUUGAAAACAAUAAUGGAGAUGGAAGAUGGUCUCUUCAUGGUAUGGCUGCCCUUGUUACUGGAGGUACUAGGGGCAUUGGGUAUGCCAUAGUCGAAGAAUUAGCCAGUUUCGGUGCAGUGAUCUAUACAUGUUCUCGCAAUAAAAAGGACUUGGAUGAAUGUUUGGAGAAAUGGCAAAAUAAAGGGUAUAAAGUAAAUGGUUCCACAUGUGACUUGUUCUUGGAAGAUCAGAGAAACCAGUUGAUUGAAAAAGCCACUGAACACUUCAAUGGGAAACUUGACAUCCUCGUAAAUAAUGCUGCUGUAUGUGUACCAAAAGAGACCACAAAAGUUACUUCUGCAGAUUGCUCAUUAAUGAUGGGCACCAAUUUUGAGGCUUCAUACCACUUGUGUCAAUUAGCAUAUCCUUUUUUGAAAGCUUCAGGAAAGGCAAAUAUUGUGUUCAUCUCUUCUAUUUCUGGGAUCAUGGCUAUUCCUUUUGUUUCUCUCUAUGCAGCAACGAAAGGAGCGAUAAAUCAAUUAACGAAGAACUUGGCCUGCGAAUGGGGAAAAGAUAAUAUACGAGUUAAUGCUGUUGCACCGUGGAUUAUUGAUACCGCCCUUACAGAUACUGUAGCUGAAGAUUUUGAGUCAAAAGAUGUGGAGAACUUAAUAAAGAGAACUCCAAUUAGCAGGAUGGGAAAGCCAAAUGAAGUUUCAUCACUCGUGGCUUACCUAUGUUUUCCUGCUGCUGCCUAUAUAUCUGGCCAAAUCAUUUGUGUUGAUGGUGGGAAAACUGUUUCUGGAUUUCCAUGAUUUAUUAUUUUCAUGUCUAAUGAUUGUAUUUACAUACUUUUUAUUACUUGUUUAGAUAUAGCAUCUUGCGCGUGUAUCUCAUUUUAAUGAGUUUAAAUAUUAUAAUAAAUAUAAUAUUUAUUUGAAUAACAAAAAAUAAAUACAAUAAUUAAAUUCAACAAA